AUGGUCAGAAAGAAGAAGAAGAAGAAGAAGAAGAAGAAGAAGAAGAAGAAGAAGAAGAAGAAGAAGAAGAAGAAGAAGAAGAAGAAGAAAAUAGCGGUAGCGGUAGCGGCGGCCUUAAUCCUUAUCUAUUCGACGUCUUUCAUAAUAUGUGGCGAGAUCACGCACUAUCUUCCUCUUUUAGGCUUCUGGAAUGCACUUGCCGUCUUCUUCCAGCCUCAAUAG